AUGUUGUCCAUCUUACGGUGCCUUCGAUCUUUUGAAAAUUUAGCACAAUGUAUACACGUUUCACCAAAAACACAGAAAUUAACACCUCACCUCUAUAAUUACUUUAAGCCUCAAAACCGAUUUAUUCCGACUCGUUUUUAUUCGAAUCAGAAUCAGAAGAUUACUAAAAAUGCACCCGAAUCCCUCAAAUAUUUUGAUUAUUCCCAUAUAAGUCUUCCUGGUUCUCCCAUCGAUUUCUCGUUAGACGAUUUUAUUAUUCUUCCAAAACAUUUCACACACUCGGAGCAAGAAUUCCUCUUGAAUCAAUCAUCGAAAAAACUGAAAAGAGAAUUUGGUAAACAGGUGGUUUAUCAGGAGGAUCAUUUUGAUGGCGUUAUAUUUGGCUAUCGAGAAUGUCACGCUUCACAUUGGGGUGAAGAUGAAGAUAAAGUGAUGGAAAUUUUCCAUAAAAAAGUAUACAACCUUUUUCCCGAAAUCACCAAUUGGUUACCCGCACAUAUUUUGGAUUUAUCAGAAUCUGGUGGGAUUCAAGCCCAUAUUGAUCAUGUUGAGUAUUCUGGAAACAUUGUGGCGGGAGUAUGUCUUUCAUCAUCAGCCGUAAUGUUUCUCCGCCAUCAAGAUAAUUCUCAAUUUUAUUUUAGCGUUUUAUUGGAACCGGGAUGUCUUUAUAUUCAACGUGAUACUAUUCGAUAUAAAUUUACCCAUGAAAUUCCUGUGGAUCAAGCAGAACAUAUGUUCAAAGGUGAACUCAUUCCAAAGGCGCGUAGAAUUUCUUUAUUGUUUAGAAAUGAAUAUGAGGAUGUGCACGAUGAAUGGGUUCUAGGAAAAAUUUAA